AUGGCGGACAGAGUCUCACAGGUCGUCGGCCACCUCAAUUUCCCAAAGGGCCUCCUCGCCAACCAAACCGCCAUCGUCACCGGCGCAGGCCAAGGCAUCGGCGCCGAAACAGCCCGCCUCUUUGCCAAUGAAGGCGCCAAAGUUGUCGUCGCAGACAUUGACGCCAAAAAGGGUGAUGAGGUCGCAGAGUCCAUCCGCAAAAACGGCGGCCAGGCCAUCUCCUUUAGCGGCGACAUCCUAGACUCGGCCUACAUCAAGGCCCUCAUCGCCAAAGCCGCGGAGUUUGGCAACGGCAAGAUUCACAUCCUCGUCAUGGGCGCCGGGUACACGUGGGACGGCGUCGUGCACAAGAUGACGGACAAGCAGUGGGAGACGAUGAUCGCCCUGCACUGCACGGCGCCCUUCAACAUGGUGCGCGAGGCGGCGCCGUACUUCCGCGUCAAGGACGGCGAGCCGCGCAGCAUCAUCACCGUGUCUUCUACAUCUGGCGUGCACGGAAAUGCCGGCCAGAUCAACUAUGCGUUGGCAAAGUCUGGCCUCAUUGGCUUCACAAAGACGAUUGCCAAGGAAUGGGGCCCUGCGUUUGGCGUGAGGGCAAACUCGGUUGCUUUUGGAUACAUCCAGACUCGCCUCACAGCCGCCAAGGAAGACGGCGGCUUUGUAGUUGGGCCGGGCGGCGAGAAGAUUGCCCUUGGUGUGCCAGGGAGAGGCAAGCCUGGCUCAGCCCCCCCUUCAGACAUUCCUUUGGGUCGGCCCGGGACCGCAACGGAAGCGGCAAGCUCUAUUCUGGCUGUGGCGAGCCCUCUCUUUUCGUAUGUAACAGGCCAGGUGAUUAUGGUGACAGGAGGCAGGAACAUGUAA